AUGAGCCAGGCGCAGCCUUACGCCCCGCGGAAGAGCAGCUCCCCGGCGGCCGGCGCCCGGCGGAACGACAGCCAGGACUACCUGCUGCUCGACGCGGAGCCGUGCGAGGAGAGCGCCCUGCCGCCCUACGCCUUCUACCCCGUCCGAGGCAACGAGAAUAGACUAGCGCUACGACGACAGACCAUUCUCCGGGAGAAAGGGAGGAGGCAGGCCAGUCGAGGGCCAGCAUAUAUGUUUAAUGACCACUCAACAAGUCUUUCUCUUGAGGAGGAGCGCUUUUUGGAUGCAGCAGAAUAUGGAAAUAUUCCAGUGAUUCGCAAAAUGCUGGAAGAAUGUCCCUCACUCAAUGUGAACUGUGUGGACUAUAUGGGCCAGAACGCCUUGCAGCUGGCAGUUGCUAAUGAGCACCUGGAGAUAACAGAACUUCUGCUGAAGAAGGAGAACCUGUCUCGGGUUGGGGAUGCCUUGCUUUUGGCUAUUAGCAAAGGUUACGUUCGGAUAGUGGAAGCCAUCCUAAACCAUCCCGCGUUUGCCGAAGGCAAGAGGCUUGCAUUGAGUCCUAGCCAGUCGGAGCUCCAGCAUGAUGACUUCUAUGCAUACGAUGAAGAUGGCACACGGUUUUCCCAUGACGUUACACCGAUCAUUCUGGCUGCUCACUGCCAUGAGUAUGAGAUCGUCCACACUCUGCUGAGAAAAGGAGCUCGGAUCGAUAGGCCACAUGACUAUUUCUGCAAGUGCAGUGAAUGCAAUCAGAAACAAAAGCAUGACUCUUUCAGCCAUUCUAGAUCCAGAAUCAAUGCCUACAAAGGUCUGGCCAGCCCUGCUUAUCUGUCUUUGUCCAGUGAAGACCCUGUAAUGACUGCCUUAGAGCUCAGCAAUGAGCUGGCCGUGCUUGCCAACAUUGAAAAAGAGUUUAAGAAUGAUUACAAGAAAUUGUCUAUGCAAUGCAAGGAUUUUGUAGUUGGACUCCUUGAUUUGUGCAGAAACACGGAAGAAGUGGAAGCUAUUUUGAAUGGUGAUGUAGAGAUGAGCCAUAAUAAUGGAGAACAUGGUCGCCCUAGCCUUAGCCGCUUAAAACUCGCCAUUAAGUAUGAAGUUAAAAAAUUUGUAGCACAUCCAAACUGCCAGCAACAACUUCUCUCAAUCUGGUAUGAGAAUUUGUCAGGUUUACGGCAGCAGACCAUGGCAGUGAAGUUUCUGGUUGUUCUUGCUGUUGCGGUAGGACUGCCAUUCCUUUCGAUGGCUUACUGGAUUGCUCCUUGCAGUAAGCUGGGGAGGAUAAUGCGUGGACCAUUUAUGAAGUUUGUAGCCCAUGCAGCCUCUUUCACCAUUUUUCUUGGUCUGCUUGUCAUGAAUGCAGCUGACAGAUUUGAUGGCACCAAACUUCGACCCAAUGAAACAACAGGCAAUGUAAAACAGCUAUUUAGGAUGAAAACAUCCUGUUUCUCAUGGAUGGAGAUGCUCAUUAUUUCUUGGGUAAUAGGCAUGAUAUGGUCUGAAUGUAAAGAAAUUUGGUCUCAAGGUCCAAAGGAAUACCUUUUUGAGUUAUGGAAUAUGCUUGAUUUUGGUAUGUUAGCAAUUUUUGCAGCAUCAUUCAUAGCAAGGUUUAUGGCAUUUUGGCAUGCAUCCAGAGCCCAGAACUUCGUUGAUGCAAAUAUGAAAGAUCUGACAAGUCCAACAUUGGAGCCCAACAUAAAAUACUACACCUUGGCGAGAAUAAACUGGGAUCCGUCCGAUCCUCAGAUCAUAUCUGAAGGCCUGUAUGCAAUUGCAGUAGUAUUAAGUUUCUCCAGAAUAGCCUACAUCUUACCAGCUAAUGAAAGCUUUGGACCACUGCAGAUAUCACUUGGCAGAACUGUGAAAGACAUCUUCAAGUUCAUGGUGAUAUUUAUCAUGGUGUUUGUGGCUUUCAUGAUAGGCAUGUUUAAUCUCUAUUCCUACUAUCUGGGGGCAAAACAAAAUGAAGCAUUCACAACUGUUGAAGAAAGUUUCAAGACAUUGUUCUGGGCUAUAUUUGGACUCUCAGAAGUUAAAUCAGUUGUCAUCAAUUAUAAACACAAAUUUAUUGAAAACAUUGGUUAUGUGCUUUAUGGAGUCUAUAAUGUUACCAUGGUCAUUGUCUUACUGAACAUGCUUAUCGCAAUGAUCAACAGCUCAUUCCAGGAAAUUGAGGAUGAUGCUGAUGUAGAAUGGAAAUUUGCAAGAGCUAAACUUUGGUUUUCUUACUUUGAAGAAGGGAGAACUCUUCCAGUACCCUUCAACUUAGUGCCAAGCCCGAAAUCUUUGCUGUAUCUCCUACUCAGAAUCAAAAAAUGUAUUUCUAAACCAUUUCUGUGCCAAAAGAAGAGCUUUCAGGAAGAUGCAGAGAUGAACAAGCUUGGUCAAAGGAAGCAAUCAAGUAUAAGAAGCUCAGAUGAAAUCCACUUAAACAGUUUAAACAAUCCUCCAAGGCAAUACCAGAAAAUAAUGAAGCGUCUCAUUAAAAGAUAUGUACUGAAAGCUCAGAUAGAUAAGGAAAGUGAUGAAGUCAAUGAAGGUGAACUGAAGGAAAUUAAACAGGACAUCUCAAGUCUCCGGUAUGAACUCCUUGAGGAAAAAUCUCAAAAUUCUGAAGAUCUGGCAGAACUUAUACGGAAACUUGGGGAAAAACUGUCAAUUGACUCUAAGGAAGAAGAAAGCAGGAGAUAACCUAAAUGUUUAAGAAAUGCAACAGAACAUUAACAAUUCACUUAAAGCCAUAUUUCUGUUUUUCUCAAGUCUAGCUCACAUUUCUACAACAGAUUCAGAAAUUAAAUCAUUCCAAUUCUUUAUUGAAAAAUCACAGUGGCAAAUCCUCUGGGUCUACAGUAGGGAGGAGAUACCACCUGAGUAAAGAUACUUAUUUAUUCUUUACCUGCUGAAGAAGAGUUAGUUUGAGAUCAUUUUAAUAUUCAAUUUACCUCUUUUAGAAUUCCAGUGGAAUCUUGAUAAGCCCAGUCAUGAAAGAUUAAAAGCAUAAAUCUAAACUUUUCCUACAUAAACUGGUUAUUUUUGCAAAUUUCCUUUUGUAGACAUUCUUACAUAUAUUUUAGUGAGGCAAAAGAGGAAAAUUCCAGGCUUUUACAUAUUUAUAUCAAAAGCUAUUUAAUUUUUCAAGCAUUCCCAACUAGGAAAAAAAAAAGCUAACUGCCUUUCUUAAAAAUGUGUAGGAUAUUAAAGUAAUUUAUGUGGACGUUUCCUUGAAGAGGUAGAUAUCAGAAUACUCAGAGCACUGUGUUAUACUUUUCCCUACUUAUCCCUGUCACCACUGGACUAUCCUGAAAGAUACCUAGGUUCCAAUGGGAGUUAGUGCAUUAAGAAAGAAAUAUUUUUCACCAAGCUUAUUGAAAAGCUGUUGCUGAGGCCUGAAGAAAACUUGUUUAAUCCAAAACAAUUAAUCCUUGAAGUUCUAAUCUGUUCCAGAAUUCCCCAGUUCUCCAGCUUUUAUGUCUUGAACUAAAACUCGCGAACUGUGGGGUAGGGGUUUGAAUGUAAAGCUAGUAACGUUUAUUUAAGGUGGAAGAUACUAAAAUGUUAGGUGCAAACCCUCUCUCUGAAUUCUGGGAACAUCAUGCAUUGCGGACCAUGUUUCCCCACAGUUAAACUUGUUUAAAUCAUUGAAUUUUGUUCAGAUAUAUCCUUAGCAAACAAAACCAUGUUGUUCCAAAAAUUCAUGAAAUCUCAUCUUCUGUGGAUUUGCAUCCCUUGUCCUUUUUUCCACUGGAGAAAGCUCAGCUCUUGUGCUGUGUUCCCUAGGACUCCUUCAAUGAAGAAUCUUCACUCCAUGUCAUCAGGAAAAGCCUCCAACGCUUCCACCCUGCCCACUGCAAUAUUUCUUCUAUGUCUCCUGUUAAACUGGAGAAGAGGUAGGCCAUGCUGUGUCUGGCUGAUAGUUGUGUGACUGGCCAGCUAAUACGUCCAUGCAGGACAGUCAGCUGGUUUCUGUCUCUCCAGAUAGAUACAGGCCAAAUAUCUAAUUUUUCCCUCAGUUAAUACAGUAAUUUGGGUUUCUCUCUACUGACACUCACCAAUUCUGGGACUGUUAGAAGCAUAUAUUACAUUGGGGAUCUCUGCUCCUCUCUAAGCUUGGUUGAAACUAGUGAAAGGGCUGUGAAAAAUUGUAACAGGAACAUCAAGAUGUAUAAUGCACCUGUAAAAGCCUUGUAUGUGUAGGAAACAAGGCUGAAAAUGGCUUGUCAGUAAUUGCUUUUAAAUUAGCUUUGUGAAACUUAUUUAUUGUGGAAUGUAUCAGAAUGUUUCACCUCUCCCUUUUAGGCUGGAAGUUAUUUUUUAAUGGGUUUAGAUUAGUUUCUAGCUGAAUUUACUGAUAGUCCUUUUUAAAAAAAUUGUUGGUGUAUUUUCACUGUGUAUUUUCAGGGAAAAAAAAAGUGUAUUAGAACGGGUUUUGAAAUCAAGUGAAGACAGGUGAAGGCGAGGGGCUGUGUCUUGCCUGGAGAGCAAUGGAAGCUGCUGUGGAGGUCGGCCUGCCCCAAGGAUGUUUGUCAUGGUUUGGGGGAACUGCUCAGCAUUCUGCUUGGCCCAUUAGUUUAGCCACAAAUGGAGCGUGUGGGACAAUCCGUGUCCUGUGGGCCUCAGGUGUAACGAACUCAGGGUUUAGAAACUUUUAAGGCUUCUUCCUCUGAGGGAGGAGACGGAAAGUGAGAUUUUCAAAGGUACAGCAGUUUGUAUUAAAAACCACAGUGUGCUGGCCUGAAAAACUAUGAGCUACAGAAUAGCCAAUUUCAUAACUCGCCUUUGAUCAUGAAAAAGCAUUACCUCAUAACCUGCAGUAUUUCCUGCGGUAAUCAACAGGGGGUACUGUGGACUCUGAGAUGACCUGACUGGCUGGUCUUCAGCAGAAACGCUCUGGUUUCUGUGUCAGCCAUUGUGUGGAAAACGAAGGCAGUUGGGGUGAUCUCGGGCUGGAAGGCAGCGUGACACUAACUUCACAGCCUUUCGGCUCCCGGAUGGUUCCUGCCUAUCUCCCUUGGCCAGGACUGGCCACUGAUUUUGAAUUCUUGCUUGAGUAUUUUGGGCCUGGUUUUCUGAAGCAGUGAGCACUUACUACAGCUCCAUUGAAUGACCACGUUAGAGGCCAUACUGCUCAAAGCAGAUCUUCCACCUUUGACAAGCCUUUCGGAAAAUCUGUUGGUCAGAACUUGAGGUAACAAGGACAGUCAAAGUUUGCUUUCAGGAAUCAAAGGUCUUUAUUUUUGGUCAUUGUAAUGUACAAUUUGGAUCUGCGGUCUAGUGCUAGAUGAUGGUAAAACCUUCGAUCUCCAUAAACCCAAUGUAUAAGGAAAUACAUAAACACAGUUUAAGAUCCAGGCACUUUUAAAGUGAAGAUUUUUAUUACAGAGGUAAAAUGGACAAUGUGAAUUUGUUUAAGCCCAAAUUUUGACUUACCUUAAAACUAUAAGAUCGUAAUGUAUAUAUUGUAUUUCAUGAAGAAAAUACAUAUAGAUUUUUUUAAUUCAAUGAAGAUAUUUUAUAUGUAGUUAUUACUCAUGGAACAAUUUGUUAAAUAUAUUUGAAGAGGUCUAUUGCCAAAUGUAGUGUGACAAGCAAUGUAGUAUUUAAA